GGCAGCGGGCGGCGGAGGCAGCGCGCCGCGGUCGCCGGGAGCUGGGAGCCCCGGGCGCCCGCUCCUCGGCGCAGCAUGUUCCAGCCGGCGCCCAAGCGCUGCUUCACCAUCGAGUCGCUGGUGGCCAAGGACAGUCCCCUGCCCGCCUCGCGCUCUGAGGACCCCAUCCGUCCCGCGGCGCUCAGCUACGCCAACUCCAGCCCCAUAAACCCGUUCCUCAACGGCUUCCACUCGGCCGCCGCCGCCGCCGCCGCCGGCAGGGGCGUCUACUCCAACCCGGACUUGGUGUUCGCCGAGGCGGUCUCGCACCCGCCCAACCCGGCCGUGCCCGUGCACCCGGUGCCGCCGCCGCACGCCCUGGCCGCCCACCCCCUGCCCUCCUCGCACUCGCCACACCCCCUCUUCGCCUCGCAGCAGCGGGACCCGUCCACCUUCUACCCCUGGCUCAUCCAUCGCUACCGAUAUCUGGGCCACCGCUUCCAAGGGAACGACACAAGUCCGGAGAGCUUCCUUUUGCACAACGCGCUGGCCCGAAAGCCGAAGCGGAUCCGAACCGCCUUUUCCCCGUCCCAGCUUCUGAGGCUGGAACACGCCUUCGAGAAGAACCACUACGUGGUGGGCGCAGAGAGGAAACAGCUGGCGCACAGCCUCAGCCUCACGGAAACUCAGGUAAAAGUAUGGUUUCAGAACCGAAGGACGAAGUUCAAAAGGCAGAAGCUGGAGGAAGAAGGCUCAGAUUCUCAACAAAAGAAAAAAGGGACGCACCAUAUUAACCGGUGGAGAAUCGCCACAAAGCAGGCGAGUCCCGAGGAAAUAGAUGUGACCUCAGACGAUUAAAAACACAAACAGAACCCCACAGAAACGGACAACACGGAGCAAAACAGAGACAGGGAGAGGAGGGGAAGAAGAAAAAACCCUACAAAACAAAAACAAACCACACACACAUUCACGGAGAAGGGGAGAGGGAGUCAGAGAGAGGGGCGGCGCGACGCAGACGCUGGGCGGCAAGAGCGCGGGGUCCUGAUCCGAGGCCGCGCCGAGAUGGCAGAGGACGGAGGCUCCUUGAUGAACACGCAACCCUUGUCUGAAGAGGCAGCUUGUGAGAGACAGACAGAGACAGACAGACAGAGAGAGAGAGAGAUCCAAAGGUGGCAAAGCUGAAGGCGCUCUGACAAGGGGAGCUGUCAGUCAAAGGCCAAACCAGCGAGACAAGAUGAUUGGCAGGUAUUCCGGUUAUCUCGCAGUCCGAUUUUUUUAAAAAAUGAUGAUGAUAAUCAUAAUGAUAAAAGAAAACCCCCAACCAGGCACAGGACUUUUUAUUUUGCACUUCGAAGUGUUUUUUUCCCCAAUCUUUAAAAAUAAUCAGUGAUAACAGUCGGGAUUCCACAUCCAGCCCCAUCCCACACCUGUUCAAAAACUUGAAUUGCAUGUAGCAGUUGUUGGGCGAAUGGUGUCUUAAGACAGAAAGUGCAUUGUAAUUUUCUUUUCCUUUUAAAGACAGGUUCUGCGUGCUUUUUAUUUUGAUUUUUUUGCAAGAAAUGUGCAGUCUGUAAACACUUUUUGAUACCUUCUGACGUCAAAGUGAUUGUGAAAAAAGCUAACUGAAGUAGGCUCAGCGAUAGCGAUCCUCUUUCAGAGAAAUGGGGAGCAGGAUGGGGGGCUGCGGGGGGAAGGGGAGGGUGCCCACAAGAUCAGUCAGGACUUGUACUGGAAAAAAAACCCUAAAUUAAUUCUAUUUCUUGGACAUUCCUUUCCUAACAUCCCAAGGCUUAAAACCACGAACUAAACUCCUUUUAGUGGUUGAAGGUAUUGGCCGAGUUCAACCAUUUGCCGUAAAUAAAGGCCAUUCCAAACUUUCAAUCUAUCUAUUGCAAAAACUGAAGGACUGUAGUUAGCGGGGAUGAUAAGUGUGGCCAAGAACACGGCAGCAAGUUUUCAAGCACUGAGUUUCUAUUCCAAGAUCAUAGACUUACUAAAGAGAGUGACAAAUGCUUCCUUAAUGUCUUCUAUACCAGAAUGUAAAUAUUUUUGUGUUCUGUGUUAAUUUGUUAGAAUUCUAACACACUAUAUACUUCCAAGAAGUAUGUCCAUGUCAAUAUUUUGUCAAUAAAGAUUUAUCAAUAUGCCCUCA